AAAGGUCUUGGGUGAUUUGUCAAUGAGUGACGUUUAAACAAAAUUGCAAAAACAUUUCUUAGUCCAUCAUACUCCAUAUGGUUAAUUUUGUUUACUAGUAAAGUAAUUUUCUUUAAAUUAUUUAAAUUCUCCUGUUUGAUUGAAAAAUGGCAGAUUGGGAAGAGGUCAAACGUUUAGCUGCUGAUUUUCAAAAAGUGCAGCUGAGUUCUACGACUCAAAAGUUGUCUGAAAGGAACUGUAUACAAAUCAUAUCAUGGUUGAUAGAUCGAAAAAUGUUAGAUCUGAUAUUUACCAGCGAUGGCAAGGAAUAUCUUACACCUGCUCAGUUAGUAUCAGACAUAAAGGGAGAAUUAUAUGACCACAGUGGUAGAAUAAAUUUAGUAGAAUUAGCCAAAAUCAUAGGUGUAGAUUUGGCACACAUAAAUGCUCACCUAAAUGAUGUUUUAAAAAGCAAUAAGGAUAUACAGUCAGUAUUGGGACAACUUAUUGAUAGCUCAUAUAUACAAAGAAUAGCCGGAGAAAUUAAUGAGAAGUUAGUUCAACAAGGGCAGAUCAGUAUUAGCGAUUUAACAAUUCAGUAUGACCUUCCCGCUGACUUUUUACAGAACCAAGUAGUAGAAAAAAAUUUAGGAAAAAUCAUAUUUGGAAAACAAGAUAAAAACGAUCCCAAAGUUUUCUUCACAGAAUCUUUUAUUGCCAGAACAAAAGCUAAAAUCAAGGGAGCUCUAACAGGCUUAACCAGGCCAACACCAAUAUCUUCUAUUUUAAACCAAAUUGAUAUCAGUGAUAAGUUGUUUUUCUCUCUUUUUGAUCAAACUGUUAGUUAUGGAUCUUUAACUGGAAGGAUGACUGGUGCUCAGUAUAUCCCGAAUGUUUAUGCCAGGUCUCAGAAUGAAUGGGUAAACCAUUUCUACAAACAAAAUAGUUACCUUGAGUUUGAUGCUCUUUCUCGCCUUGGUAUAACGGACCAAAAAACAUACAUUAAAAAACAGCUUGCCAAUCAAGAUUAUCAAAUUCUCAAUUCCUGCAUAGUAUCUAAAACUAUAUUGGAUCGCAUAGAGGCUGAUAUUGAUGAGUGCAUAGCUAGCAAGUCAUUUAUAGAUUUACAGAUUAAUUUACCUUCAGUCUUUAAUCAAACAGAUCAAGAAAUGAUUCUAGACUUAGUAUUAAAUAACCAAAAACGUUCUCAAACCGUUCUCUUGGAGAACUACGUCUUUAGUAAAACAUUCAUUGAGAAACUAGUUAAAGAUUGUGAAAGUUUAAUUCAAGAAAAAGCCAAGGAUGUUGUAGAAAGCGGAAAGUAUCAGCAGUAUAAUAUCAGUCUACAAGCAUCUUCAACCAAAACGCAAAAAGUAGAAGACAUAGAAGAAAAGGUUGACAAGAGAGAAGAAAGGAGGAGGAAAGCAGCUGGCGGAAAAAGCGGUGGAGGAACUCAAGGUAGAGAAACGAAAACUAAAUCUACGAAAAAGUUAUACAGGGCUGCUCAAAGAAACAACUCAGAAAGUGAUGGAGACGUGGCUGAAAAAAAAAUAGUGUUGAAAAUUAUUCAAUUUGAUGAUAUUAAAAAUACAUUGCAACUUCCGCUUGAAGAGGAGGGCGUACAGGACGAUAUCUUGGAUGAAAUUGUGAACUAUUUGCUUCCAAAAUUAAACGAAGAUGCCAUACAAGUUGCAGCAAAAAUUUUCGCUACUACCGUUACCGAUCGUACGGCUAAUCGUCGUCAAACUCACAAUGAAAUUCAAAACAAAUUGAAUGCCUUAAUCGGAGAUGUUCGACUGUUUGAUAAAGAUGGAUCAAGUUCAAGUUUUUCUGAAGAUGCAUUAAGAUAUAUUCGCUGUCCAAUAGUUUACAGGGAAAUAAUUGUUCAAACCAAUAUGAUGAUAUCAUGGGCUUAACCUGCUAAUUUAUGCAUUAGCAUUAUUUAUGGUUUAAAACUUUUACCAUCUGAUUUACAAUCGCAACUAGUGAAGUACCUUCUAAAAUCACUGUGCACAGAUAUCGUUACCGAAAUAUUGAAUUAUGUAUCCGCAGAAGAGAACCUGAACUCCUUAACUGAUAAUUUCAACCAAGAUCAGAGAAUGAAAUUCAUUAACGAAUUACCUAAGGAGUAUCAAGAAUCUCUUCAUUCGGUCGUUAAAACUUUGUCUGGACAAAGCAUUGAUGACUUUUUGACAACCGCUGAGAGUGCGUUAGCAUCUUGCAGUAUGAUUUUGAAGAAAAUCGAUAAGAAAAAAGAUCGUAUUACUGUGCUCAAUCACAAACAUCAGCUUUUGGAGGAGCUAAACAAAUCUGAAGAUUUAGCUUUAAUUCUACAUCUAGCUACGGUUGCUAUUUUUACGGCUGCUACACAAACGAUGUUGCAUUGUAGCGGUAGGCAUGUUGCAGGGGUGCUGUCCUUUUUAAAGCAAUAUUUGACAGAAGAGCAGACCUCAGAACUUACUUCAUAUCAUGAUUUUGUUACCUUAAUGUUGAGCGAAGGAUCGGAAGCAGAAAAUGCAAAGGAAAAGCUGAAAGAAAAAGUUCCUCUAGUCAAAAAGAUAGCGAAUGAGUAUAAAAAACCUGGCAGUGAAAAAUCAUAAAAAUGAAUUAAUAACGUAAAGUUGAAGGUACCUGCUUGGUUAAUUUAUCAAGAUGUUCAACUUUCUGUGAUAUGCCACUCUAUAUUAUUAAAAGAUAAAGGCAAUUUUUGGCGAAAAAUUACAGAUUUUUUCAGCUGGUGUCUAAUAUAAAAAUGUAUAUAAAAGUAACGGAGUUAUAUAAUAUAC